CCACUAACCCUACUCUCUCUCCUCUUUCUCUCUCUAAAACGAUGGCUUCUUCAGAGAUGGUGCUUCACAAUUUCGCAUCAACAGACCAACCAAACCUACCCGGUAUCACAACAACACACAACAACAACCACCACCCAACCUCUUCUUCUUCGCAAACCAUCACCACCAACACCAAUCACAAUCAGUUGGUCUUUCAUCGAAAAUCUGUCUCCACAAAAGACCGUCACACCAAGGUGAACGGCCGCGGACGGCGGGUCCGCAUGCCGGCGCUCUGUGCCGCCCGCAUCUUCCAGCUCACCCGAGAGCUCGGGCACCGAUCCGACGGCGAGACCAUCGAGUGGCUCCUCCGCCACGCCGAGCCCUCCAUCAUCGCCGCCACCGGCACCGGCACUGUCCCGGCUGACCCCGUCUCUACUGCCGCCGGUACCAUUCCUGUAUCGUCAUCUCCUCCGUCAGUUUCGGCCCCCCUAUUGAUGGGUUCUUGUAGGGCCCAGCCGCUCAGUGGAUAUGGUUCGGCUGGGUUGUUCACGGUGGCGCCGCCCCCGAGCUGCAGGUUGGACCUGUGCCAGACGCAGCCUUUGGGGAUGGAACUUCCCGAUAAUGGGUACCGGCACAUGCCGUUCACGGCGUUGUUGUUGCAGCCGGUGGAGGAGGAGAAACGACAAGAAGACGCCCUUCCAGAGCAAUAGAAAUAUAUAUAUUAUUAAAUGAUUAGGGUUAUGCUUUUGAAUUUGUAGUUGUUUAAAGUUCAAAAUUUGAAAAAAAAUGGGGGAUUUUUGGAAUUGUGUGAUUACUGAUGUAUAGUGUCUUAUGUCUACUUGCUGGCCCCUUUUCUUUUUUAAAAUUCUGUGUAUGAUGAUGAGAUAUAAAAAAUAUUGCAGGGAACUCUUUUAAGUGUACGGAAAUUUGUGACCAAAAAUGGAAAUUGCAUUAAAUUAUGAGCAAGUUUUGCUUCUCUAGCAAUGGUGUAUCUUUGCACUGUUGACAAUUGUAAAGAAAUU